AUGACGUCUCCCCAGGACUUCAAGUCCCUCCAGGACAAGAUUCAGUCCGCGCUAGUGGCCACCACUCGAUCUGUCAACCGCAUUGCCGCUGAGGAUCUCGCCUUUCAACGCGCCGUUAACCCCGGCGUGGGCGAUGACCUCGACGCCAAAACCGAACGCCUCCUCGAGCUGUCGACCACUCUCCUCAAGUCGGCUGCCGAAAUCUGUGGCCUCAAUGCCCCCAAGCUCGAAGAUGCGGACGAUGUCGACAUGCGCUGGCGGGGUAUUGUGGACGUGAUUGACUCCGUCCUGGAGAAGGCCGACACCUCAAUCGACGAGUAUACAGGAGCCCUGAAGAGAAAGGAUGCGCCGACCGCAGAUGUGAGCCCUAAGACAAAGACGACCACUGGAACUGACAAAGUCAUCCGCAACGCAAACAUCACGAAGCCCCAGCUCAACUUCGAUCCCCCAGUCGACAACAAUGUCCCAUGGAAGCCCGUCAUCACAAGCAAGCCUCACGCCAAGGUGCCACUCGAACAGAGCCUGGUGCCCAGCGAGACGGACGCGGGUUUCGUCCAGUACGAUACUACAAUUUCCUUACUGUCGCCCCUGCCAGCCACCUUUAAUUCACCGAUAGUCUCAAAAAAGAAACACAAGAGACUAAAGAGGCCGUUUGUUCGAGUUACUGACAGCCCAAUCAGGUACAAGCAUCCGUACGAAACCGAGAUUCUCGAGGCCAAAUAUCCCGACCGAGUCUACGAACAAGCCGAGCCGAUUCCCUGGCAACCAGUCGAGAAGACCGAACCCACAUGGGUUGAUACGUACGAGGGCGUGUUGGAGAUGCUGGAGGAGCUCAAGAAGGCAAAGGAGAUUGCAGUGGAUUUGGAACACCACGACUACAGGACAUACGUCGGCCUCACCUCACUGAUGCAGAUCAGCACGCGCGAGAAGGACUGGAUCGUCGAUACCUUGAAGCCGUGGAGGCAGCAGCUCCAAGUUCUGAACGAAGUCUUUGCCGACCCAAACAUCAUCAAGGUCUUCCACGGCGCAUACAUGGACAUUGUAUGGCUGCAGCGUGAUCUUGGUCUAUACGUGAACGGACUCUUUGACACAUUCUUUGCAUGCGAAGUCUUGAACUACCCACAGAAGAGCUUGGCCUUCCUGUUGAGCAAGUUUGCAAACUUCAACGCCGACAAGAGAUAUCAAAUGGCCGAUUGGCGGAUGCGACCGUUGCCCACAGAGAUGCUCUACUACGCGCGCUCUGACACGCACUACUUGCUCUACGUUUACGACAAGAUUCGCAAUGAACUUGUGAUGAAGUCAGACCGUGGCAAUCCCAGUACCGACUACAUUGAGAUGGUGCUUCAAAAGUCCAAGGCUCAAUCGCUGGGCAGAUACGAGGGUGAUUUCUUCGACCCUGUUUCCGGCAAGGGCGGCAAAGGCUGGUAUGGUUCCCUUCUCAAGCACCCCUCGCCCUUCUCCGGUCAGCAAUUCGCCGUGUACAGAGCUAUCUGGGCUUGGAGAGACGAGGUGGCACGGAGGGAAGACGAAAGCACCGCAUACGUUCUGCCCAACGCUAUUGUUGGCGACAUCGCCAAACGCAUGCCGCCCGACGCCAAAGCUUUGCACGCGCUCAUCCCGAACAACGCAUUCAUCGCGAGGAGAAACGUCAACGACCUUUGGGUGCGCUACCAAGAGGCGAGAGAGAAGGGUGUCAACGAGCCUAGCCUGUUCGAGUUCUUCCGCUCAGAUAUGCCUACAACGGCAGCGAAACCGCUAGCAGAGGUUGCGGAAGACGAAGCGGUCGAUGCUGCCCUGGAACCUGCUCAGCUGAAGCAGUCUCAGCUGUUCGGCGGGAUGCCUCUAAGCUCUGCGUGGGAAGCAACAUCCUCUGCGGCUAAUGGCCUUGGAGAGUACGUCAUGCUCCCGUGGCAGAAGUUUGUGCAGGAGGUGGCUACGAUUGAGGCGUCUGCUCAGGAAGAUGUCGCUAUGGAGGGAGGCGUAGAGGAAGAUGCCAAGGCUUCUGCUGCUGCUGCUCCUGAGCCGGAAGUCGAGGAGGAGUUCACGCUCAAGGCCGGAACGAAACGAAAGACCCCGGCACAGGAUGCAUCAGACGCGAGCGAAGACGAGUCCGAUUCGGACGAGAGCUCCAUCGAUUUCGUCUUGGAGAGGCCCGGUUCGCAGACCACGCCCAGAGGCAAGAAGGGCAAGGCGAAACACACAGAGGGCGAGCGCAAGGCAAACGUCGACGCGAAGAGGGCAGCCAAGGUCGCCCGGUACACGGAAGACUAUACGCGAGCUCAAGCCGAGGUCGAGCGCCUCACUGGCGAGGUCGCUCAAAACCCCGCGUCGUCCACGCAGCUCGAGGAAGCUCAAGGUGUCGCCCAGGAGAAGAAGGAAAAGCUGGACAACUACGUUAAGGCGCUCGGCAACCGCAAGUCAAAGGCGGAACGGAAGGCGGAGAAGAAGGCACUAAAGGAUGCUAAGAAGAAGGACAAGAACGCGAAGAAGGCGGACAAGAAGGCAAAGAAGGAGGCAAAGAAGGAGGCAAAGGCGGCGAACAACGAGGGAGAGAAUGAGGAGGAGGCUUUCAACUACGGCCAGGCCGCGUCGGUGCUGCAUGCAAACCGCAGUGGAGGCAGCAGGGUACCGAAGCCUACGUUCGACCCGUACUCCAAGACGGGAGAUGAUGCGCCCAAGGCUGCCCGCAAGGCUCCUCCUGCGAGAGGUGAGAGGAGCGCCACCUUUAAGAGAUGA